CAAAAGGAAAGACAACCUGCAAGGCGCGGGGUGGGGUGUCCGCGUCUCCGACCGCCCUGCCCCUUUUUCCUCCCGUGGCAACCAACCCCUGGUCCAGUUUGGGUUUUUUUUUUCUUCCUGUCUCUCUUGCCGGCGACCUGCGCUCCACUUUUGAGGAGGACGGAACGGCCGUGGACCCUUGACUUUUAGUAAGGAGAUGAUUCUUCCGAGCCAUACGGUCUUCAUUUGGAAGAGGUUUCUCUCUUGAGAAAUACAUCUGCCUCCCAUAUUCUUUCCAAGAGCAUUUUAUGGAGAACAAAACUGAUCCCGGUGCCGAGAAGACUAGAUUAGAAAAGGCAGAGAAACGGAAGGAAAGUGAUCCUGAUGCCAUGGCGUCUCGGAGGUUGGAAACAGCCAAACGUCUGGCUACGUUAAUCACAGGCCUGGUGGAGUGCAUGUGCUUUGCAGGCGUCAUUUUUGGGUGGACAUCGCUGGUCUAUGUCCUCAAACAUCUGACGUACUUCGAGAACUUUUGCAAAUCAGCUGCCAAUGCAACCAUCAAUCAAACUCAAGACUGCACUGCUCAGGAUGAACAGUACUCUCUCAUCUUCACCAUUUGCUCCUUCAUGAACAACUUAAUGACCUUCCCUACUGGCUACAUCUUUGACCGCUUUGGCACCACAGUAGCCCGUCUGCUCGCCAUAUCCUCCUACACCACGGGUACUCUCCUCAUUGCAUUUUCUUCAGCAGCCACUGCAAUAAUGCUGUAUCCAGCACUGACAUUUAUCUCUGUUGGUGGGAUCCUUUUCAUUCUCACAAAUAUGCAGGUUGGGAAUCUGUUUGGAAAACAUCGGUCCACCAUCAUUACUCUCUACAAUGGAGCCUUUGAUUCUUCCUCAGCUAUAUUUCUUAUCAUCAAGCUCCUGUAUGAGCAAGGCCUCUCCCUGGGAGCCAUGUUCUUCUUCAUAUCUGCCUGCAGCGUCUGGCACUUAAUUCGCACCUUUUUCCUGAUGCCCCGAUACCAUAUUCCUUAUCCACUGCCCCCAGGCUAUACAUAUGGAUUGAACUGUCCUGGGAUUUCCAAUUCAUAUCGCACUUAUGAGGAGCAAGGCUCCCCCAAGAUCGCAGUUGCAGAUGAAGCCCAAGACUCAAAUAAUCUACACGAUGAGUCAGCACUCAAAGGAGAACAAGCUACCAUCAAGGACAAAGGUGAUGCUGAGACUGGAGCAGACACCAAGCAACCACCUGUUAAAUCCUUCUGGAAAUGCGUUUUUUCCAUGUUAUUUUUCUGGCACUUUAUAUGGCUGGCAGUGAUGCAGCUGCGCCAUUACCUCUUCAUUGGCACCCUCAAUCCCAUACUGAGAAAACUCGCGAAUGAGGACAACAGCCUUGUGAGUAGCUACACCAAUGCAUUUGCCUUCACACAACUCUGUGGAGUCCUCUGUGCCCCUUGGAAUGGGCUUAUUCUUGACUGGCACAAACACAGGCAAAAGAAGGGAGAAGGUUAUUCAGGGGCACCAGAUCCUCUUGCUGACCUCCGUUCUUGUAUCCUGUCCCUGACCAUUACAGUCUUACAGUGCCUGGCCUUCUCCAUCUGUGCUUCCAUUCCUGUGCUCCCUGUGCAGUAUGCCACAUUUAUCCUGCAAGUUCUGAGCCGCUCCUUCCUCUAUGGAGGCAAUGCUGCCUUCUUGGCUAUUGCUUUUCCCCUUGAACACUUUGGGAAACUCUUUGGUCUGGUGAUGGGACUGUCAGCUGGGGUGUCCCUCCUACAAUAUCCCUGUUUUACACUCAUCAGGGGUCCACUAAAGGGGGAUUCCUUUUAUGUUGACAUUGCCUUCGUAGUGUUAAUACUUCUGGCUUUGGUUAAUCCUUUCACGGUGUGGCGGGAAUGUAAGCGCCGACAGAAGGAGCAGGCUGCAUCUGAGUCCACCCCAAUUUAGACUUUGGGAACCUCAACUAACAAAAGGGACCCUUAUGAAGGCCUGUGUGGGAUGAAACACUCUCUCUAAAUCUCACAGCAGCAAAAUAAAUAAACCCAUAUGAUCAGGUGCUCUUAUGUCCCUCAAAUUAAAAGGGUUUAACUGUGUCUAAAUUCGGAUUAGGUUACUAAUUCCAUGUUUCAGAACGGGCUUUAAAUACACAGUCUCAGUCUCUCUUUCUGUGUAGCAUUUUAUAGAAAUUAAAACCAGAUUCAUAAUUUGGAGUGGAGGGAAUUUAUAAUAUUUUUCACUGUUAUGUAUUUUGUUCUUUUUCAGAGAUCUAUUUUUGUGGAUUGUAUAAAAUUUUAGCAUAGAAGCCAAUUUAUUUUUUUUCAAACUAAAAAUGUUUAAUGAACCAGAAACUGUAUUUUUAAUGUGACAGUAUUUUAAACUCCCUUUAAACUUUUGAAUAUAUUGAGAAAACAACUCUCUAGUUUUUAAUUAUUUAAAUAUCAUAAUGCUUUUUUCUACAAACCAAACUACAUGUUAACUUUGAAGAACAAACCAAAACAAAAAAAAUUUAAAGCCCAGGUGCAGCAAGAGGUAAAAUUCAGCUGUUAAAAAAACAACAACACGAAGAAUCUAUCAUAAAAUUAAGUGCCAGUCAAUGAAAGCUAUAAGGGCAUGAAACAGACUCUGGAUGUUUUUUUUUUAAAUUGGAUCUCAAAGAUCCAAUGUUAAAACAAUAUCAAAAAUUAGAGAAAAGACAGAGUCCACGAAUGCUAUAUAUUCUAUGUCAGAACAGUAAAAGAUUAAAAUCUCAUUGCUCAGGCUUAGGAACCCACAACCUUCACUUUGCUUUCCAUUUCUCUAGACAUUGAAUUCUCAAUGGGGCUUUAUACUUCAGUCAAGCUCCUCACAAAGAACAUGGGGAAGUCAGUUACUGGAUCACAAAGCUGCCCCCGCCCCCCACAAUGAGUUAGCCUACACCAGGGGUCUGCAAAGCUUUGCUGGCCGAGGCACUCUGGGAGUUGAAGUCCACAAGUCUUAAAAGAGCAAAGUUUGCAGACCCCUGGCCUAGACUAUGAGUCCUAUCACAUGCUGGAAAAGUAAUGCAAAGUAGGAGUUGUUCCAUAGCACAAUUUACAGUCUGUCGACUACUGAAAACUCCAUUAUUUUAUUUUAUGGAUUCUGCAUUGGAAAGAAUAGGUAUGAAAAGGUGUAUGUUCCACCCUUCAGAUAAAGAUUGGAGAGGCUGACUCCCUGCCAUCCCCAUCCCAUGUCUCCACAUCUUAGAACAUCCCGGAAAGCAAUUUACAAAUAACUUUUGGGGCAGUCAAGAAACAAAAGCAAGUGGGUGUUACUUUCCAUUGGGACCCAAGUGUUAAUCAAUGGAGUACAAUAUACCAAGGCUCUGUUAACAUACUUGUCUCCUAUAUUUUCAUUCCUUUGAGGGAGUUAAGCCAACUCUGUCUUCUGAUAGACAAAGAUAGAAUCCAAAGUUCUAUCAGUUUUUUUUUUAAAAGCUGGAAACCAAUAAAAAAUCCAAAAAAAUGCAACUUACAACUUCUCCACUGUAAAAACAUAUGGACUGCAAAUCUUGAUCAAGGCAAAACAAUAGAUGCAAUCUACAUAGACUUCUGCAAAGCUUUUAACUCAGUAGUACACGAUAAACUUCUCCUAAAACUAAAAUCCUAUGGCAUUUCAGGACCCCUUCACAAAUGGAUAUUUGCUUUUCUGUCUAACAGACAACAAGUGGUCAAAAUUGACAAUGCUCUAUCAAAUCCUGUUCCUGUCAAGAGUGGUAUUCCUCAAGGCAGCGUCCUUGGACCAACACUCUUCAUACUAUACAUUAAUGAUCUUUGUGACCAUAUCUCAAGUAAUUGUGUUCUCUUUGCUGAUGAUGUCAAACUAUUUAACACCACAGACAAUACAUCUAUCAUUCAAAAAGACCUUGAUCAUCUAACCUCUUGGUCUAAAACUUGGCAACUCCAAAUCUCAAUCAGUAAAUGCUCUGUCUUACAUAUUGGAAAAAAGAAUCCAAACACUAAGUACAUACUAAAUGGACAUUACCUUACAGAUGACCCCCAUCCCGUUAAAGACCUUGGAGUUUUCAUGUCAAAUGAUCUCAGUGCCACUGCAACUACAUAGCAAAAAAGGCUCUAAGAGUUGUAAAUCAAAUCUUGCGUAGCUUCUUUUCCAAAAACACUACACUACUAACCAGAGCAUAUAAAACAUUUGCCAGACCAAUUCUAGAAUACAGCUCGCCUGUUUGGAACCCUCACCACAUCUCUGACAUCAAUACAAUUGAACGAGUCCAGAAAUAUUUUACAAGAAGAGUUCUCCAUUCCUCUGAAAACAACAAAAUACCUUAUCCCACCAGACUUGAAAUCCUAGGCUUAGAAAACUUGGAACUCCGUCGCCUUCGACAAGACCUAAGUUUAACUCAUAGAAUCAUCUAUUGUAAUGUCCUUCCUGUUAAAGACUACUUCAGCUUUAAUUGCAAUAAUACAAGAGCAACCAAUAGAUUUAAACUUAAUGUUAACCGCUUUAAUCUAGAUUGCAGAAAAUAUGACUUCUGUAACAGAAUCAUCAGUGCUUGGAAUACUUUACCUGACUCUGUGGUCUCUUCCCAUAAUCCUAAAAGCUUUAACCAAAAACUUUCUACUAUUGACCUCACCCCAUUCCUAAGAGGACCAUAAGGGGCGUGCAUAAGCGCACAAACGUGCCUACCGUUCCUGUCCUAUUGUUUUUCUUUUUCUUCUUCUUAUAUAUAUAUAUAUAUGCUUAUACCUCCUAAUAUUUACUCAUAUAUAUGUUUAUAUACUAUAUAAUCUUUUUGUAUGAUACUUACAUAUAUUGUUGUAACAAAAUAAAUAAAUAAAUAAAAUAAAUACCUAGUAAAAUAGUGGCCAUUGUUUCUUUGGAGCUUUGCUCACAUCCUUCAUUUUGGAAGAAGGUAAGAGAUAACCAAACACUCCAUUCCAACAUGUAAAGGCUUAGAAAAGUUUCCACAAUUAUUUAAGGCCGAGAAAGAGAGAUGAGCUAGUCCAGACAAGAAGAUGGAUGCAAUGGAGUGUGAUGAAAACAUUGCAUUGGGGUUAUCUUGUAGUUCUUUCACAGGAAUGGCAGCUGAGAAAAAUUGUUUUGAUUCAUUCUCCACGUCUUAACUCUCAGAAGUAGAAAAUGAGUUAGGACCUUCUCUGAGGCAUAUCUGACUCAGAAAAAUCCCCUGCUGACCUAGUGGACUGUUUCCAGAUGGACUGAUCCUUAUACAAGCAAACAAAGGCACAAUGCAGCAAGUCCAGUUUUUCCACUUCUAGUAAACUGGAAGAAGGGGAAAACACAGAGCAUUAGAAGAAGUUACAUCCUUAAUGCUGAGUAAACGUUCUGUGAAUUAGGCAGAGCAAUUACAUCAUGAAAACCUCAUCUAGAAGACCCUUUCAUGUUUUCAAGAAGCAUCUCUUCAUUUACCUGUUAUACCUCAAAUAACCAAGUUCUUCUCUUUAGCAGAGUUUAUCCAUCACACAGUGCUAAGGUUUAUUUAAUCAAGAGUUGUUGAAAAAGCUGUAAUUGGCACUAAGUUGUAAAUCACAACAGCUGUGUAUAUGUAAUAUGCUAAACCAAAACCAAUGAAAGUACAUGUUGCCUUAAUCUGAUAGAGCAAACUAGUCAUACACUAUAUCAACUAGCAAAUGAGAUCUUUCAAAUCUUUAGAUGAGGCUUACUUAUAGAUACAAUGGAUCUGUAUCUUUCCAGAUGUUUUAUUGUGAUAUGGAAUUUCAUUCUGAGUAAACAUAAGAUUGAGAUGUUUGGGUGUUUUACCCGUGUGCCAUUAUGUGCAUUUUCUUAAACGUUGGAUAUUAAUUUGAAUUGGCUUCAUUGUAAAGCUCUUUCUCUCUCAAAAUAAAGUGUAUGCAUUGUAAUUCUUACUAGUAUUAAUAAUAACUACUAUUAAUCUUCUCAUCGUUCCCAUCACCCAUCUCCUUCCACUUAUGACUGUAUGACUGUAACUUUGUUGCUUGUAUCCUUACGAUUUAUAUUGACUGUUUCCUAAUAUGAUUUGAUUGCUAUUUAUACCCUAUGACUAUCAUUAAGUGUUGUACCUUAUGAUUCUUGAUGAAUGUGUCUUCUCUUUUAUGUACACUGAGAGCGUAUGCACCAAGACAAAUUCCUUGUGUGUCCAAUCGCACUUGGCCAAUAAAGAAUUCUAUUCUAUUCUUAA